CGAAAUAAUCCGUACACGAGUGAUCAUAAUAUACAACUUAUUCACACCUAUUUUCACACUAGCCCACGCAAACACAUCGUGUUUUCAGUAGCUGAUGCUAGUAUUGGAUCGAAAUGUUGUGUUCUUAGUUUGACGGUGAAAAUUUUGCUGGGUGCGUGUGAAAAGAGGAAAAAAAUCAAAAGGCAAUGGGCGCUGUAGUUAACCUAAAUAUUUAAUAACAACCCUGAAUAAAUUAACUAAACAUAUGGAAUCUGCAUUGUCACCAGAUAAAGAGAAAAAUAUACCACCGGUACCUUUACCGACCUAUCAAUGGGAAGAUUUGCGACGAGCUCGUGAAGCCGGGGGAUAUCCCUGGACGCACUUAAUGAAACCACCACUUGAAGGUGAAAUAACCGCAGAGGAUAUUAUAAGAGCCACAACACCAAUUAGAAGUAUGUCUCGUGAAUUCUCAAGAUCUCGAACCCAGUCUCCGGACUUUCGGGAUUCCCAAAGAAUUCUCAACUUAAACUCUUCUCCCGGCAGCAGCCGCAAACAUAACGAAGAAGGUCAAGAUGAAGGAGUUCAUGUACCAAACUUCUCAAAAGAAAUUUCUCUCGACUCAGAAGAUGAUCCAAUGAAAAAGAAUGAAGAACGGCCGGCAAGUCAGGCCAGUGCUUAUCUCGUAUCACCUUCGGAAAAACCAAAAAGUGUUUCUCCUAAAAGUAUCUUGAAACGACGGGUACCAGAACAACAAUAUAUUGGGGUUACUGAAACACGAGAAAAAACUAAGUGCUGUCAUCCAUUAGUGAAUAAAAUUAAACAUUUGGCAGAUAAAACAUUACAAAAAUUGGACAGAAACGAUACUGAAAAAUCACCUACAUCAAAAAGAAAAAAAGCGGAAGAAGUCCAAGAAAUAAGACAGUUGAGAAAUUCCCCAAGCGCAGUUAAAAGACAAAAAUUUAGCGCUAUUAAAUUAGGAAGCUCUGAUGAAAUGAGUAAAACAAUGAGCAUUGAAACUCCUCCACCAAGAAUGAGAAAAGAUCAUAUUUAUGAAGAUAUUGAAGAACCUAAAGAUGUAGAGUCCUCUGAUUUACAAGAAAACUUAGAAAAGGAAGACACAAAAAGUAACAGUAACAAAGAAAACGACAGUUUAUUAGAGAAAAAGUCGAUGACUUCCCAAGACCCGAGCCUUGUUACGGAUGACAAUAAUUCAUUAAAAAAUGAUGAGCAUAUUAUGGAAAAAUUGCAUAUUAUGAAAGAUGCAAUCAAUAAGGAAGCUAUUCUGCUGGAUGAAGAAAUGGAUCAAGAGGAACCAAAUGUAGAUGAAGUAUUUCAGAAUCAAGUUGAUGAUAGUAGACCACCCGAUUCACCUAAUAUUACUAUAACUGAAAUGCCGGAUGACGAUGAAAAUGCAAACCACUUGGAACAAUCAACAGCAAUACCCAUAGAAACGUCCCCCAGUCCAAGUCCAAGGGAACAUGAUAGAAAAAGGCAUGAAGUAGAAUUUAUCGAUCAAGAUUGGUCUAAGCCUAGCAGUGAUCACGAAUACGAAAUUAUCGAAAAGCCUCCGCCAAAUAUUAUCUACACAUCACCGAGUAUAGAUGAUCAAACGCCCAUUUCCAAAACUGAUGAUGAAUUAUCAAGCACAACAUCACUUGAAAGAAAAUGUCUUCAACAUACGACAGAUGAUGAAGAUCAAAUUGAAAGUAAAGGUGUUAUAGACGAAAAAUCUGAAAACGUUAUAAAUGCUGAAGCACUGCAAAAGGACAUUGAAGAUAGAUUUUUUGUAAAUACACCAUCAACAAUGUCAAGAACAGAAUGUGAAGUAAGUACAAGUCAAGUUGACUCAUCUGCUUUAGAAAAUUUACCUCUUAAACGAGAAAAUCGUAACAAGACUGGAGAAUCGCUAGACAGUAAAAUACAACAAAGAUUUAGAGAAGGCACAGGCAAGCUUAAAACACAAGCAGGAAAGUUGAGAACGAAGUUAAAUAAUUUAAAAACGAAACAAUUUUCAUCGCCAGAACGAACUAAGAUCAAUUCACAAGAGCAAAAUGAAAAUCGCAAGAAAGAACGACCUAAGCUUUCUUUUCCUGAAAGACCGAAGUUUACUUUACCAGAUAGAAGAAAGUUUAGUUUACCAGACAGACCAAAAUUCAAAAAAAUUAAUUUAUCUGAAAAACUUACUUUUGGUGAUAAAAAGAAGUUCACAAUGCCAGAAAGGCCAAAGUUCAAUAUACCUGAUUUACCGAAAUUUAAAAUGCCUGAAAAAUCUAAGCAAAUUUUCUCUAGUUUAGGAAGGAAAAAGAACAAACCUGAUUUAAGAAUAUCAGAAUCUAGUUCCGAAUUAAAUAAUGUGGCAAGUGUCGAAUUUGAAGCUAAAACUUAUCCAAGGCUGUUUAAUAAGAAGAAAAAAAAUCAGAUGACGAAAACAUCAUCUUCACCAACAUUGAAUAGAGAAGACACUCCACCACCGGUAUUUACAUUUACUCGAAUGAAAAAGACAUCUGAAAAUACUCAAAAGUACAUACCAGAUAGUCCUGAACAUCCACGUGAGUAUGGAGCUCUUGACAGUGAAACUAGCUUUGAGAAUGAAAUGGAAGAAAGAAAGCAAUUUGAAACAACAUACGACUUUGAUAAAGUAGACCCAGAUUAUGUCGAUAAGGAAAAUGAAGAGCCCGAUUUUAAAAAUAUUUCAAGAAAUGCGUCUUCGAUUCCUGAUAUGUCACCGUCAAUACAAGAGUACACACAUAUAAACGAAAUAAAUAAUGACGAAUUUUUUGUACGACCGAGAGGAAUAUCACGUGAAAACAUUCAAGUCAGGGAGUAUCUAAGUGACGAAAUUCGACAAGCUUUUAAUAUUCCGAAAAAUGUUCUGGCUUCAAUGGGUAGUACGGAACCAGAGGCACAAAAAAUGUACGUGACCCAAGCAGAUGCAGAUCCAGAACUUACUAUUGAAGAAAACGAACAAAUGCGAUAUUCUGUUGAGGACCUUAAUGAAAGAGACGAUGGAUAUUACACAUUCCCGCCUAUACGGCCCUCACGCGCUAAACGAAAAAAGAAGGAAAUAGAAUCCAUACAGUAUAUGGACGAAAGUGUAAACGCAAGCAUGCAAUUUAGUGAAGUGGAUUUAGGAAUAUCAGAAGAUAAUUUAAAAGAAAUUCAAAAUACUAACUUUGCUGAAGAUAGCAAACUUACACAUGAAACAGAAUUUAGACCCGAUCUUAAUUCGAUACAUGAAUAUGCAAAUGAUGAUAUCAUAGAAUAUCCUGAUAAUAUUCCAAUUCAGUCACAGACACUUCCGAUGCCUCCAAAAAGAAAGAAAAAGUAUAAUAAAAAUGAAAUACGCCAUUCAUACUCCAACGAUUUCAAUACUUUUCCGUCACCAAAUAUAUGGCAAGGAGAACAACAAAGUGAAGAUAUUAUCGUUUAUCGCACCGAACAUGAGUACAUCGUACCACACUCUGAAGCUGCUUUUACAGAGCAGAGUCCUGUUCCACCAAGGCGAUCUAGAUCUAGAAGUUCUAAAGGUACUUCAAUUUGCGAUGAUGAUCGAACAUCCCAUGGCGCGGAAUCCUUAACUCUGGAUACUCAUUUACCCCAAGAUUUUGAAGAAAAACCAGUACGCCAAGAAAGUCCAGGAUAUGCAACCGUUGACAAAGGCUCGACGGGUUACAAACAAACUUUUAGAUCAAAAAGUAAAACACCACCUCUGAGGCGACGUAAAAGCAAUAGUUCCGAAAGGAAAUACUAUACCGUCUCUGGAACGAAAAAUGUAAAACCGAAUCGUCCACCUAGAAAAAAAUCAUCGUCAAGUUUAAUGACUUUAGACAGCUUUAAUAAAAAUUCGAUCAUGAAUGGAGAUACACAGUAUGAUGAAAUAGAAGAACCAAAAUUUGAUGAAGUACACAAAGAUUUAAAAUCGGGGCCAGUUGUAAGUAAAAUGAAAGAUAGACCUUUACCUCCACCUCCUCGACCUCCAAGGGGACCAAAAAGAAAAAAAGAUACAAAUGAAAAUAUGGAUGAUUAUACCAAAAGCAAUUUAAAGGAACAAGAUAUAGCAGAGAUAGAAGUGUCUACUCAAACUGAUACGCUUCCAGACGAUGUGGAUUUUGAAUUAGGAAUUGACGACCAUUUGGACAUAUCUAUGUCUAGUUCACUGAGAGACAUUAUUGAUGAGGAGUCCAUUAUCGGUAAAGCAAGUAAGCCAACCAGCCCACACAUUUCUCGACCAAGCUCAAGAUCCGAGAAGUCUUUAAAGUUGUCAGAUCCAAAAAUGGCAGAAUUGUCAAAAUCGCACAUUGGGAGGACUUCUCCCACAGUGAUAUUAGUAGAAAAAAGAGUAUCAAGUCCAACGAGAAUAAAUGAAAGGGAUGUCAUAUUAACAGAAGCCUCUUUAACAGUUCAGCCAAUUGACAUAGAUGAGUCUAAGAUUCCAGAGGUGCCGCCACUACCAAAACAAAGAUCUACUAUGCGACCUUCGCAAAGCUCUAAAGAAGUUGUGUGUCAAGAAUCUGAGCGAGCCCUGGAAAGAGUAUCAGAUACUGGCCGUGAUGUUCAGUUAGACAAUUUAGUAACUCAGAGACUACAAGUAAAAGAUCUCGAUGUAGGAAGACUUAAUGUAUCUGAAUUACAAGCAAGUAAGAUUCUUGUAUCUGAAAUAGAAGGAAUGACUUUAAAUGUAAAUGAGUUUGAUUCAAAGACAGGAAACAUUUCUGUUAGUGGACUUGAGCUUUCACAAUCUGUAAUUGACGAGAUUGUAAAGAAAUUCGCUGAAAUAUCUACAUCCCAAGGACGUCAAACUUUGACUCCACAAAGUGUAGAUGUGCCUAGGCCUGUAAGUCGAGAAGAAGAAACACAAACGGAACCGGCAGGUGAAAAGACUUAUGACGAGAGACCGGAAAUCCGGCCACCCUCCCCAAUCGCUCUUCUCUCAGAUGCCUCUUUACCCCCUCAAAGACCACCACCUCCCGAUUUAACACCUCUUUUGCUUUCCUAUUUACAAGACGUGGCACCUACUCAGUUUCAAGCAGCACGUCCCUCUAGAGAACGUCCAAUAACAGAAUUUUUUGAAUCACAGUUUCAAACUCCACAUCCUCCUACUCGAAGAUCUAAGCGUAAGCUUCCAGUUCCUCAAACAGAGUCUAGUUCAGAGGAUGAUAAGCCCCGACCGUCACCGAGACGCAUGCCGCCAACCAAGGCUCAAGAACCAACUAUCACUGAGGCUGGAGCGCAGUUCCUUCGAGUCUGUCAAAACUCUAUUAGUAGAACUUUGAGAAACAUCUUUAACACAUUCAUGUCUUACAUUAGCAGAGCAGAAGACAAGAAAGAUGUGCAGAUGGCUAUGGUUAUAUUCUUGGUUUUGAUUGCUGGUUUAAUAAUGCUUGGACUCAGUGACAGUCGCACAAUACAUCAUCAUCACUGGGAAUUUUUCAACCCCCCGGAUACCAAUAAAUAGGUUGCUUAUAAAUUUUAAUUAAUUGUUGUAUUAGUUAAUGAUUUUAAAGACUUUAUUCUUGUUAUAUUCUUAAGAUAAUUACAAAAUAUAGCAUUAUAACAGUAAAACAAUAAAAAUAACCUUUUCAAAAACACAAAGCAUUUAUAAAAUUCUCUACA